AGCCUUCUAGAGGCUAGAGAAGCCUACUAGGGCGUGGCCGUCCUUCCUUCCUUCCCUUCCUUUUUUCCACUCCCCUCCUCCAACUCGUCGUCUACCUUUACUAUCCCCUCCACUCUCGGAGCUUCUUCCACCACCAUCACCAUCACCAUCCCCUCCCCCCCUACUCGUACUCCACUGACCUCCGCAAUUCUCUCCACCCUCCUCCAUUCCACAUCCAUCCCUGCUCUUGGAGUUUCCCCUCUGGUGUCAUCAUAGCUCUCCCAUUCUUUAUAUAAACUGGAACCACCCCGUGGAGAAACACCUUCCCGCUCCCGUACGUUUGUCUUCAAGGCGUCCACCUCCUUCCAAACUGAAAGUCAUUUUGUCAAACGGAGACUCCUUCAUCCAAUUACUCGUACCCCUGUCAAUCAAAUUUACCCACAAACGGACUCAGACCUCUCCAGCCACGGAAUCUCACUCAACACGGUCAAAAAGCCUGUCAGAACCGUACCACGCAUAAAAAUUACCCUUCCCCCUGAGCAAUUUCGAGGAAAAAGGAGGAAAAUAAAUAGAAAUUCACCCAUAUAAAUUCCACCGCCCCUCUCCUUUUACCAAUACCCGAGUGUUCGGAUCGGUGCUUCCCAAAUUUCUUCUGUUGGCCUCAUUAAGGAGUAUCCGGAGUUGCAAUCAGUCCUUUCCCGAGCUAUCGGAAGAUGCUACAAACAGCUAAAUACAACCCUUCAGCCCUCGACCCACACUCGUCAACGCAAAGAUCCUCAUCAGCAGCACCAACAAGUUCCCGCCGGACUCGCCGAAGUGCACACUACGACUUCUUCAACCCCCAAUACGAACUCUCCCAGCCCAAAUCCACUCACAGCCGGUCACCAGGCUCCAGCACCAGCAGGUCAGGCAGAACCUCCCCGCAACGGGAUCGCGACAACAUGGUCUCUCCAACAACCCUCCCCCAGUCGUUUGGUGCACUCCGGGACUCUGUCAACACUCUCGGCAUGCGAGUGCGCAAUUCACCAGGCACCUCUCCAAGCUUCGGCUCCACCCCUCCCACCGGUGUUUUCGAACGCCUUUCUGGCCCAGUCCCGAAUGCUCGCCAAGCAUCGGAGGGCUCGUCGCUGCACAAAGCCGUGGAGGAACCAGCCCCGGGCGAGUCACGCUCUUCCACCCGUCGCCACCACCGCCGAAGGGCCACGAGCCAGGGUGGGUUGAAGGCGAGGGAGGCACAGGCCGAGGACAUGAUGUUCCCGGCAACAAUGGAGAACUUGCACCACUGUGACGAGAAGCACUGCUCUAACCACCAUCACCGGCAAUCAUCCUCCUCAACUAUCUCCAUCAAGUGUGAUAAAUCAGACGAAGAUGAAGCAAGCGCCAUAGAGCGACUCGCAAACGGAGAAACUGGAGCAACGAUACACAUGGAUCCCUACGCUCUACAAAUGCUCGUCCCGCUCGUCGACCGCCCACAGGAGAUGCGUGAGUUGCUCGAGCGCGGCUCGAAUAAGGCCUGGGCCAGCCUGGUUCGUCGAACUUUCGGUGAGAAGUUGUAUAAAGCGCAAUGUCUCCCGCUGUGGACAGAGACCGACCGCUGGACCAUGCCGGACCGCGAGUGGCUGAGACGCACGAAGGACCUGCUCAUGCGCAAGGCCUGUGGCGGAUGUACCGAUGGUCGUCUCUGGAGCGGGUUCUGUGCCAUGGUCGGUUGGGACGAGAGCGAGAUCGAGAUGGAGGAGGGGCGGGCGAAGAAUGGUCGCUCACAUUGCUCCGGGGCUCGGUCGCGCUCGCAUGAUUCGAGUCCACAGAUGAAUGCGAUUUUGGAGGUGGAGGAUGAGGAUGGGAGGAAGUAUUAUUAACUUGACUUCGUUUCAACUUCAUUGAGUAAAUCUAGGGUUUUCUUUCUUUCCUUCCUUUUUACAGAUGAAACACGAUGAUAUUUUAUUAAUUGACCUUUUCCUUCUUUCCCACCUUCGGUUUUGGCUGGUACUGUAUUACUCGGUGGCUUUUUGUUUCCCGCUUGGUUUGCUUUUGCUUUUAUUUCUGGUACAUUAUUAAGUUUAAUCUGUAUUACUAUGACCACAUCGUUCCUUUAACUUUACUUUUUUUUUUUUUC